AUGAAUGUGCUGAAUGUGACAGAAACGUUAAAACUCGUAAUUUCCAAUAUUCCGACGUUUGUUUCCACUAUUUUCAAUCAUUUUGUAAAAGGACCUCCACAACCAUCCUGGAAUAUUCAAUUCCAUUUAGAAUUUGUCACCUUAAGAGUCUAUUUCGGCGAUCUUAUCUUAAGAACUAUUGAAUAUACUCAAAAAGUCACUUCUAAAGGUCACGCCUUGCCUAAAGAAUUUAAAGAAGAUGAAAUAGUAAUUCCAAACAAAUUUAGGGAAAAUGCUCAAUCUGCAGAUUUUUAUCGACCAAUCACUACUAAAUUAGUUAAAGAAUCUGAUGCAUUAUUAUUAGGCAAGUUAAUAAAUUAUAGAUUAGCACCUCAAAAUCAAUUUCCAGCUGGACUACAUGACGCGAUAGCUGCCUAUUUUUAUCUUACCAAUCCUCCGGAAGAUGCCAGUUUUGAGCCAAUUGAUCCUAAAAGAAUUGUUAUUAUGGGUGAUAGUGCUGGUGGUGGAUUAACUUUAGCCACCCUAUUGACACUUAGAGAUUCCAGAUUACCGAUGGUGGCUGGAGCUGUUUGUUUGUCUCCAUGUGUAGACUUAACUGGUAGCAUGCCUUCAAUUUUGGACCCUCGCUAUGAUAUCACUUCUUAUGUCCCAAAUUCUGGUUUAAAUCCAUCACCUUCACUUGCUUUUAAUGAAUACCAGAGAAAUUCUAAAAAAUUAUCGGACCAUAUAAAAGCAGAAACCCGAUCUCCAUUUUGGGAUGAAUCAUUUAAUCGCAAUAAACGAAUACAAAUGUAUGCACCCAAUGAAGCAUUGGGAAUACCGUAUGUGAGUCCAUUAUGUGCAGAAA